UGAAAAUGGCGUCUUUUGCUCGGCGAAACUAAAACUUCAAAGAACUCCGACAAAACAAGGAACAGAACAUAAUGACACAUUAGGGAAACCAGUCACAUCAUAUCAAGAUGAAGAAGGGGAUAGGUCGUGGAGUUUCCCAGCUUCCGGUUCCCAAAGCGUCGAAAGGUAGUCCACUGGCCGCCAGUUCACACCUCGCCAAGGGCCGUGGCAGUCAUGCUCGGUCGGCCGAAGACAUCCCGCGACACAUCAGUCUGAGUGUGGGACCAAGUCCCGUGUCUUCUCCAAACAGACGAGCCAUUUCUCCCGGCAGUGAGCAGCGUAAGGGUUUGUCUCCCCUUAGGACCCAAACCUCCCAGAUUGGAGUUCGCUACAUCACGGAGGACCUGAUUAAGAAAAUCUCAAAGGAAGAAAACUUUGACCGGAUCACCAACCUGAAUCUGACGCUGGCCAAAGAAGGCAUGAAAAAAAUAAAGUACAUUGAGAACUUGGAGCGCCUGCGGAAGCUGCAGGUGUUGAACCUGAGUAACAACAUGAUUGAGAAGGUAGAGCGCCUCGACAAGCUGCUGCGGCUGAAGGAGUUGAACCUGUCAUACAACAGCAUCGUCAAGAUCGAGGGACUCGAGAACCUCGUCAGCCUCCAGCUCCUCAACGUCAACGGCAACCUGAUCGAACACAUCCCGCCAUGGCUGCCCAAGAGGCUCAAAGCUCUGCGCAAGCUCUGUGUUGCGAAAAACAGUCUCGCUUCGCUGACGGAGGUAUCGAAGCUGAAGGUACUGUGCGACCUGACCCAGCUGGACGUGUCAGACAACCCGCUCUCCGACCUGCCUCACUCGCGGUUCUUCAUCAUCUUCCACCUGCGCACCGUCGAGAUCCUCAACGGACACGGCGUCGGCAACCAGGAACGAGACCACGCUGAGCAACGGUUUGCGCAGGAGGAGCUGGAGAGAGUUGAGAAACAGCUGGAACAGGAGGAGGUGAGGAGUCGUAGACUGGAGGAGAGUCAGAACCAGUCGCUCCACGAAAAAUCUUUGCAGGAAGCCAUGACGAAGGAGCUCAAGGAGCGGGACAGACGGAUACAGGAGCGGGUCAAGGAGCUCGAGCGGGAACUCAAUGCCAAAUCAGACUUGUUGAGGAAGAAGACGGAGGAACUGAACCGUGCAUGUGAGAAACACUACCAGCUGGAACAGGAGCUCGCGUUCUACAAAAUCGACUCCAAGUUCGAGAGUCUCGGGGAGGUGCCUCGUCCGGAGGGAGAGAGCGGGGAGGACAGUGGGUUACUUGGAGAGAGUCCGUACAUCGGGCGCGCUCGCUACAGGAUGAACCAGUUUGCCAGUGAGAGCCUCAUACUGCAGUCGCCCCAGAAGAUCCACAUUCACUCCCUACUGGACGGGUCAGUGGGGUCACAGGGUCACGUGCCUGAGGUCAGAGGUCAACUCCAUCAAGCACUGGAGGCAGAGAUACUGGACAAACAGAGAGAAGUUACAUUAGCGGAAGAGCGACUGCGAGAUCUCCAGGGAAACCUGAGUGCUACCGAGGAGAAACUGGCGCGAGUCGUCAGUGACCUGAAGACGAUGACCAAUCGGAAGACUCCCGAGCCUUUCCAAGGAGACAACAAGUUCAAAGUGAGGCAGAAGCUGGCCCGCAAGAUGAAGACCGUGAAUGAAAUGCGGGAUGGAGCCACCCAGGUGGAGAGCGACAUCGACCGAAUGGCGAAGACGAUCAAAGAGAAGAAAACCGUCUUCACGAGACUCAAGGACCAGGUCACGCAGAUGGACAGCAACGACCCAAACUAUCGGCAGACGUACAGUGAGAUGGUUGACAAGGAGCAGCAGAUCAACGAGAGUAACCAGAUCUACAGCGACCUGCAGAAACAGCUCACUGACAUGAUGGACAAGAUCGCCACCGAGAACGCAGACAUCAACAAGAUGGAGCAACAGCUGCGGCAAGACUACAUCGAGCAGAAUGAAACUCUACAGAGCGAGCUGGACGACAUCAUCUCAGGCUUGCAGGGCUACAUUGAGAAUGUUCAAAUGGAGAGCACCCAACAGAAGGUGGAGAUAGAGAAGCUCUCCGCACAGAAGGAAGGUUUGGAAGGCAAGGUCAGGAAGAUGGAGGCCGAACUCAGUGUUCUUGACUCGGAGGCAGGAGAGGUUAAAUCCAUGCAGCAGCGUCUGGCUGAGCUCCAGCAGUCCCUGCGUAAGUCUGAGGAGUUGAACCAGUCUCUGAACGACCAGCUUCACCACAGUCGUCAGCUUGACCCCGAGCUGCAGGACCGCCUGGAGCAGGCCGAGAUGGACGUACGCAAUCUGAGACAGACCCUCGCCGACACCGAGAGACGGGCUGAGGCUACCAGGAAAGCACUAGAGAAGAAAGUCCAGUCUGAACGUGAGAAAGCCGAGAAAGUGAGGAGAACUGUCACUCCAUCUCAGAGUCACCAGGAUCACGACGUGCAGAAACUAGUCAGCCAGCUGGAGAAAGCCAAAACUCUGAAUGCAUCGCUUCGAGAACAGCUGGCCGAAAAGGAGAAGAGAACUCCGGAGAAACCGACACCAUCCAGUUCAUCUGAUUCAUUCCGACCCAGUGACCUCAAGAGACGCCUCAGAGAUCUGACACAUAACUUCAGAACUGGAAAAAAGCCGAUUGAGCCGGCGGGAGCGGAUGACAUCCUUGGAAAGACGUUCAAAGAUCUCCACGUGUACGUCCAGGAAAAGCUGAACAGCAGUACUAGAGAGAAUGAACAAAUCCGGAAAAGCAAGGAGAAGGCUGAUGCUGAGGUACAGGCGUUGAGAGAGGAACUGAAGAAGUUAGAACCGAGAACUUCAAAACAUGACGAGGAGAAGAAAGACAGCAAGAAGAUAGUGGAUAACCGGAAGAAUGAGGAAUAUGAGAUGAGAAAACUCGAAGAUGAAGUCCGACGUCUGAAGAAUGCUCUCAAAGAAGCGGAAAACAGAGCUUCACAGGGAUUUCCGCGGACAAGGAUUGUGUAUGCUCCAGGCUCGGACACCAGUUUUGAUCGCGCAUCAUCGCUCAACUCGGAAGAAAAGCGGUUGUUCGACGAACUGCAGCGAGAGUUGAUGGAGCUGAAGCGAAACAUGAGAAACCAGGAAGAGGAAAACAUGAGUCGGCUACAGGCUGUUCAGACUGAGGCUGAGCGGUACACGUCUGAGCUGGAGCAGAAGGAACGUGUGUUUGAGGAACAGCUUGAGAAGCAGAGACAGGAGGCCGAGCUGAUGCGGGAGAAGCAGGAAGUGAGAAUUCAGGUGAUCGCUGAAGACCUGGACCAGGCUCAGGGCGUGGUCGACCAUCUUCACAACGCACUGCAGGUCCGCGAGAACCACAUCCAGGACGAACAGCAGCACUCAGAUCUGUCCAAUCAGAUAGUGUCUGCCCAGGAGGAGGAGGUGGCCCGGCUCUACGAGAUCCUAGAGACUCAGAGGAGCGAGAUCGAGGGGCUCAACCAGAUGUUGGAUUACCUCGCCCAGCAGGGCCCCGAUGGAGUUGGUCCUAACUUUGACGACGAGCUGUGGCGCCUGCGACAGGAGGUGAACAGUCUGAAGGAGACGCUGGCGAUGCAGUCAGCAUAUGUCCAGACGAUGCCGCACGGUACAGGCUCUACAGGAACACAGGCUACGCCCAGGCCACCACCAUUCUCACCACCUAAAGGGUUGUCUCAGCCAACAAUGUCGAGCCAGCCAAGUGCCGUGAAUACCGAGUCUCGCCACCCCUCAUCCCAGGCAGCCCACUCGCAACAACAUCUGGCCCACCAUCAACACCUAGCCCACUCACAACAGCUUGUCCACGCUCCUCGUGACAACACGCCCGCCCCUCGGCCCCAGACAGAACCACCACCACAACACCAUGUGCCAGCAUCUGCCGCAGUGUCAACACCAAUAGUCAGCGGAAAUAUUAGGACGAGUUAUCACCCCCAGGGAAGAAUCCACAUGAUAGAACACACUGGGACGGAGCGGAGGGAGUCGAAGGUCCCCCCUGGAGGCCGGUCGAAUAUGGGGAGGUCUGGAGACACGGGGCACAUGGGUCCACCCCCCUCCACAAGUCGGCCCCUGUCAGAACAGCAAGCCGAUGAUGCACCUAGAAGCGCUCACCAGAUGACCAGUGGCUCCUAUAGGAGCCGGCCACAGAGACAAAUAACCAUGCCAUCUGCUUUUGAGCCUGUGUACCGCCCUGCUCCGCAAUACAACCCUCCCCCACCCCAGUACAUGACAGCUCCACCACCUGUCAACCAGCAGGCUCCACCCCCACUCCCACCACCACCCCCUCCACCAGUGCUGCCAGCAGGCAUGUUACCAGCAACAACAGGGAGUGGACUGGGUCCUAUGGGGCCCUCUAUGGGUGUUCAGACCUCGGGUGUUGUUGGACCCUCUCCAGGGGUUUCAUCCCCGGAUCAUGUGUUAAGAGAUGGUCGUCCAGCACCUUAUUUCACUGAGGCCCCCCCUGUUCCUGUUUACAUGCCGCAGCACAAUCUGGGCUCUGCUGCGGGUAUGCACGCUCACCCCGGUCCUUACUUUGCUUCUCCCCCACCUGGAUCAGUGCCGUUCGGACCAUCUAUGCCCGCGCCCCCUAUGCCUGCACCUCCUCCGAUGUCUGCGGGUUUACCUAACCCUCACAUCAGUUUCAACCCUGGUCCUGCACAGGUGGAAUGUUCGUAUCCAGUGAGUCCGGAGUUCUCACCCUCCCCUCAUGCAUCUUACCCCGGAUCCCCCCAGACCCACCCUGCAGCGUACGCUGGCGCCUACAACUAUGGUAAUGAAAGUUACACCCCGGCAGGCCCAGCCCAGAACGUGGCAUACAGGCAUGGAGAAUCGAGGUUUUACGUGCCAGUCGCCGGGAGUCACCCCUCACGACUCUACUACCCCGUCAACGGGAGGAUCGCCAUGCCAGCCUCUGUCUCAUCCUCGCCCGGCCCUCGAUUGUCGGCCAUGACACCUGUAGCAACAGGGACUCCAGUUCACGAGUCGGAGAUAUCUAGGAUUGUCAACUAUGAUGGAUCGUUUCUUCAGCCUCCCAGCCCUAUCAGACCGGUUGCCAUGGACUCACCCGUACGAGGGAUAUUGAAAAAUGGCGGGACCAGUGGCGGGCACCAGGUGGUGGAUGACGACAGUUACCUCUUCUGUAACGUGCCCGAACAUCAUGACUUGGAGGAUUAUAUUGCUGAGCUCCAGGAAAAGCUGAAGCGAUUGAAAAUUCGCAUUACAAGAACAGAGGAGAUUGAGGAGGAAGAGGAGGAGCAUGUUGUGAGUGAAGACCAGAGGCUGGUGCGACGUCUGCAGAGAGAGCUCGAGGAGCGUCGAGAUGAGCUUGAAGCACUCGAUCUUGCUAUCGAGCGACAGAAGGAGAACUUGAGUCAUCUACAGAAGGAAGAGAAACGACUGGAGAAAGACCGCCGCGCCGCGAAGGAUGAACUCAAUAUCAUGAAGAUCCGCAAUGAGAAAAUCACUGUCAAGAGGAGGCAUGACAACAGAUACACAGAGAGUGAAGACAGCUUUGACGAGGCGCUGGAGAGGAAUCGCCAGAAGUUCCUGCGCGACGAGCUUGACUGCCUGGAGAAGACACUUGCCAAGCGCACGGCCCAGCUGCAUGACACCGAGCGGCUCCUCAAGGAGUGCAACGUCAACCUGAAGGAAGCGAAGGAGCAGGCACGCGAUACGGUACAGCGGUACGACGACGCCACCGCAGGGCUGCAGACGACGGCGCGCGAGGCCCAGGAGUUGGAGAAACGUGCGACUGACGCCGGGGUACAGCUCAUCAAGACCACCGAACAGCUGGCCACAGUGAGGGUGGAGGUGAAGGAGUUGGACAGGAAGAAAGCCAAACAGGAGAGACUGCUCAAGGACAUUAUGUUGAUUAUAACCAAGAAAGAUGCUGAGUUUAAGGAGCUGGAUUCCAGAGUGAAGAGUUCCGCUCACAGUCUGCAGAGAAUGCAGAGUGACUUGAGCGUGGCGUCGAAGCGGGAGAAGGAAACGGUAGAUGCGCUACGUGAGAGUGACGACUUGUUAUCCAAGAGACGCUCUGAGCUGGCCAAACUUCGAGAUCAGUUGGAGAGUGAGCGUCACGAGCUGGAGAAGCUGGAUGAACUGAUGGGUAAGAAGAAGACGGAACUGCAGCUCAUGAUGGACGCCGCCGAGAGACGGCAGUCGGAACUCAGCGCGGUGCUCCGUGAGGCAGAGGUGGAGAUCACAAACAAACACCGAGAACUCAGGGACCAGCGAGACGAGCUCAAGGAGUAUGAGCAGCAGAAGCUGGAUGUGAUGUCGCUCAUCAAGUCAAAGCGGCUCGAGCUGGCCAAGGUGAAGGACGCGACGGAGCAGGAGGAGGAGGUUCUACAGCGGCUGGUCGGCUCCGUGAACAAGAACAAGGCCGAGCUGAAGCACAUCUAUGACAGACAGACAUACGAACAGACCGAGCUGGACAGUCUCAAGUCUCAGCACAGCCAGAAACUAGUCGAGCUGGAGAAAACUCAGAGAGCUCUGCUUGAUGAGAAAUCAAACCUGGAACAGAUGAAUAUUGAGACAAACCGGAAGGGCUCUGAAUUAGAGAGACUGAGACAGACGUUGGACCGAGACCGACAAGAGAUUGACCACCUGACCACGGAGAAACAGUCGCUGGAGGACCGUAUCAACGCGCUAGCCAGAGAAAAGGAUGUGCUGAAUGAAAGCUGCAAGAAUCUUGACGACAAGCUAAACCAGAUGAAGAGAAGUCACAUUGUGCUGGAGGAGAAGAUUGGCACGGCAACGGACCGCCUUGAGCGCUUGGAGGCGGAGCUACAGCUGCGUGAGAGAGAGAUGGAUGACUCCAAUCACCAGAAGACAAUCAUUACCAAGGAGAUUAACAGUCUCAAGGCCACAGCCAAAGGUCACAGUCAUUUCUUUGUUUUGGAGAUGCGUGAGACGUGUCUGAAGCGAGACGAUGCACUGGUGGAGAACGAGCGUCUGCGCGGGGCGAUCCAGCAGUCUCGGUUUGAGCACGACGAUGUGGCACAGCGCGAGACUGACAAGAAACACGAGCUGACCGAGCUGAUCCGACACAUGGAGGACAAGGCCACCGAAUACCAGGACGCCAAACAGGCGCUAAACAAAGUCAAACUGGAGGCAGAAAAGGAAGAGGGCAGAUUAAAUCGACUUGUGGAUAGUGCUAACAUAGAGCUGGCUGCACUGCGCACGGAACUAACCUGUAAACGGGAGGAGUUAGAGAGGACGCAGCGACGACUGGCGGAAACACAGCAGAAGACUGAAAGCUUAAAUGCCAAUGAGGAGAAAUUUGUUGUGAUGGACAUCAAGAUAAAAGAUCUAGAGAGUGAGAUCGGGAAGCGAAAUGAAGAGAAGAGUGAGCUAGCCAAGGCAUUGACCAUGUCGUACGAAGAACUGCAGAAACUACGUCAGGAAAGUGCUGAGGAUCAGGAGCACCUGGUGAAGGAGAAUGCGGAGUUACAGAGCACGUUACACGACAUGCACGAUCACCUGGAGCUUACCAAACAGGAACUGACUCUGAUGCAGCAGCGAUUUAACAAUCAAGUAACAAAUCUUGAGAAAAUAGCUGGAGAGCAUUUCUCCCGAGCUAACCAACUCAGUGACGAGCUCUGUCAAGUUAAAAAACAGCUUUCUAGUACAAUGAAACAGAUGGCUGAUGAAGACAAGGAGAACAUGGUUCAAGUUCGUAGUCCGCCGGGAGUGUUCCGGGAGCCGUGGAGGAAGGAGGCGCUAAAGGAGAAACUGGAAGAGGAACAGGAUUACCUCCGGUAUCAGCUGCACCAGCAGAUGUUGAGACACUCGGAAGCCAUGGAAACCACUAGGCUACAGUCUGAGGGAACGAUAGAGAGCUUAAAACGCAAACUGAACACUUUACAAGAGGUUUUGUUUAACAGCAACGAAUCAGCGGAUAUCCAAGCUAUACGUCAAAUGACAAAUAUUAGGUCACGGUCAAAGACACCACCAAAAUCACUGAUAUAUGAUCGGAAGAGAUCGCCAAGUCCUCUGACCCGAUCCACCAACAACUACUUGACAGGUCGGAGGUCACGAUCAACAUCAUCUGACAGGUUGCCCAGUCCUAUGUUUCCAGAAAGAGAUUUCAUAUGAGAUCUGCAUCAGUAAUCAGUAUUGCAAUAUCUCCAUGCCUUUGUCUGUGUGUCCAACAGUCAACAUCUGUCCAGUGACUGACUGCGGAUUGUAUCGCCAUGGUUACAGUAUAUCAUUAGUGUUGGACCCCA